UCUAAGGAAUAUUGAUAAUUUAAAAUAAUUUUACUACAAAAAUGCUACCAAAAAAUAAAUCAAACAAAGAGAUCCUCUCUCGACUAGAAGAGAUCGGCAGUAUUGUCAGAAAGUAUUCAAGCGGUGGACCAAGAUACUCAAGAACAAGUCACAGUGAAGAUUUCCCUGGUUUGCUGAAAGAGCUUAUAGGAGAUCCUGAAAAGGCUGAAUCUGGAUUGAUAUCUCAGUAUGGCCAAAAUGAAAUCGACUCAAAUUCAGGCUCAAUAGUUAAGCAGCUAGAUGAUAUUCUUUUACCUAAAUCAGGGUUGUUCUCCUAUGCUUGGAAAUCAAAUGAGGAUAGUAGCUUAAGGUUUAAUUUCCCCAUUGUUAAUUUACCAAAACAUGCCCAAACUUUGAUAGAGCGAAAAAUGUUUGACAAUCUUCCUGAUCUAUACUCUUGUUUGGCAUAUCCUAUUCAAGAGCAAAUAAAGAAUAUUGUCACAGAUCAAUGACUUGUGCUGUCCUCAUUCGAAUAUCUUCUGUUCUGAUUUUUCACUAAAAUAAGUAGGAUAGAUAGCAAAGACGAUGGAACAAAACUUGUUCUCUCAACACUUGGAUUCAAUGUCCUUGACAGACCUAGAUAUGAGCUCCACCUGUUCUCAAAAUAUUAUUUGUAUCUGUUUCACCAGGCUGCUUAUGGAAAGCAGUUCAAUGUAACUCUCUAUACACAACUAGUUAUUGAGUACUUCCUGAAUCCUGUUGUUCUUGUGGAUAUGAUCAACAGCUCAAUAGAUGAAGCUAAUGAACAAUAUGCUAGCAGUAACCGCUAUAGAUUUGGAGCACCAGGAGGAAACCAGCCAAAGUUGACUCCUUUCAAAAUCACUGAAGAGCCCAGAACUAUCCAGAUGCUGUUCAUCCAUGUUUCAGUGAUGAUUAUUAAAGAUCAAUGGAAGCCUUAUUUGCUCCCAACUCUUCAUAACACAAAAUAUGAUGUUGAAGAGAACCCAGCUAUCAUGAUUAUGAGAAGUAUGCAUAAAUGGUUUAAGACUUUAUUGACUCACAGAGCUGACUUAAUAAACAACAAAGGAAAAAUGUUUAAUCUGUGUUGAGUCUAUCUCACCAUUGUCGCUACUGAGGAAUCAAAUGACGAUGCAUUCUCACUCAUGAUGUCUACAAGAAAGCCAAAGUCAUCGAGGACAGGGUACUUCAGAAUUACCUCAAGCUACACAAAUGAUUACUCGGAUGAAGAGUAUGAUGAUGAGCUUAUUCUCGAUAAAUUCCAUAGAGGAGGAGGUAUGGACCAAGACAGUCUCAAUGAAUGGAUCAAAACUUUCUUGGUCCUUUACACUGAUACUUUCAGAGAUUUCGUAACAUUUAUUGCAGAUGAAGAUAAUAUUAGUGGACUUGACUACCUCGCAAUUUAUGAGCUCUCAGAGCUAUUUAAGGUAGAAGCUAAAAGAACCUUGAACGGGGCUAUCCAGCUUGAGGUCUUGACUAAAAUUUCAAGAAGCAAUAGCAGUAAAUCUGAAUGUAGAGAAUAUCAAGCAUAUAUUCAGCUUAUGCAUGCUAGUCCUGAAUGGAUUGAUCCAUUUAGCUAUGAUAGGCACUUUAAGAGUAAAAUAGACAGAGUAAUUGAUCACAUUGGAGCAAGGUAUCCAGUAUCUGUCACAGGGUUCCCGAACAGCGUUAGUGGAAGUCUUGCUGAGAAUGUUCUAGAGACAAUAAAACAGAACAUUAAUAGAACAAUUGAUAAUUUUAUAUCUAUUGCAAAGAGCUCGAAUAUAGACAGAAAUAAGGACUAUAAUGGCUCCUACAAAGUUACUCCAUUUGAAGUAGUUGAAGAGUCUACAUUCAAGAGAUCAACAAGAUCUAAAGAAUCAGGAAAGUCCAAGAAAAAUCCUUACAAUAAAAACAAGAAAGAUGUAGAUUACUAUUCAGAUUGGAGAAAGCCACAAGGAAAGAAGGAGAACCUUAUUUUGUAUCUGAUAUUCUUUUACCUAAGCAUGAUUGUAGAUAGAGUGAUAUAUCGCGAUCAAGAUCCUUCAAAAUUCGAAUAUCCCAAAACAAACCUCAGGUUCAUGGCAAAACCCCUAAAUUUCCUCGCCUUGGCGAUCACUGUUGGAAUAUUUUACUACAUCUGUUUCUAAAAUUUGGUCUAAUUUCAACAAUCA